CAGCUGUUUGGCUCUGCUGCUGUCCCCACAUGCAAGGUUGGCUGCAGCCACGCCGAGGCCAUCUGCUCCCCGGGAGCAGGAGGAGUGACACGCUGCUGUCCUUUCUACACAAGCUGCAUUGCUGCUUCUGAAAGCACAUUGUGAGCCCCAUUGCCAGCCCGGCCCCGCUCCGGUGCGCAGCUCCGAACCCGGCGAGGUGCGGGGUGCCCCAGGCACGCCGAGCCCCUCACAGCCGCCUCUGGGCGCCUCCGGGCUGCGGGGAACGGGGCUGGGGAGGAGGAUGCGGAGGAGCGGCAGCGGAGGGGAGAAGAGCUGCGUGUUGCUCAGCGGCACUUAGGAGCGGGGGACAUGGCCCCGGUGCUGUGGUUGUGGCUGGCAGCCCUGCUGGGCUCAGCCCGGGCGUGCCCCGAGCCCUGCGCUUGCGUGGAUAAGUAUGCCCACCAAUUCGCCGACUGCGCCUACAAGGAUCUCCAGGUGGUGCCCACUGGGCUGCCCUCCAACGUGACCACCCUCAGCCUGUCGGCCAACAAGAUCACGGCUCUGCAGCGGCGCUCCUUCGUGGAGGUGACCCAGGUGACAUCCCUCUGGUUGGCACACAAUGAGAUCCGUGCCAUCGAGCCCGGCGCCUUCGCCAUCCUGGUGCAGCUGAAGAACCUCGACAUCAGCCACAACCAGAUCGUGGACUUCCCCUGGCAGGACCUCUACAACCUCAGCGCCCUGCAGCUGCUCAAGAUGAACAACAACCACAUGGCUGUGGUGCCCCAAGGGGCUUUCCACACCCUGAAGGACCUGCGGUCUCUGCGCAUCAACAACAAUAAAUUCACCACGCUCGCCGAAGGCAUCUUCGACUCGCUCAGCUCCCUGUCCCAUCUGCAAAUCUACAACAACCCCUUCGAGUGCUCCUGCAAGCUCCAAUGGCUCAGGAAGUGGAUGGACAGCACGCUCAUCUCCAUCCCGGAGAAGGAAUCCAUCACCUGCAGCCUCCCGGAGCAGCUCCGUGGGGUGCCGGUGGGGAAGAUCCCCGAUGCGCAGUGCACCUCGCCCUCUGCACAGCUUACCUACUACCCCAACCUGGACACCACGGAGCUCUUUGAUGGCUUCACCUUGACGCUGCACUGUGCCGUGACAGGCACUCCACCACCCGAAGUCAGCUGGAAGAUCCGCACCUCCAGCCAGACCCUGGAGCUCAGCGGCAGCCCAAGUGAGAGUGCAGGGAAGGACCCCCCCAAACAGGACCCUGAGCGCUUCUUGGUCUUCAAGAAUGGCACGCUGGUGAUUCCUCACCUGAGCAAGCGGGAGGAGGGCACCUACACCUGCCUGGCCACCAAUGAAAUGGGGAGCAACCAGACCUCGGUCAACGUGGCUGUGGCUGGAUCCCAGAAGUACCCGCUGCAGCCUGGCAGGGACCCAACGGGAGGUAAAGCACAGCCAGGUGACAAGAAGCCUGGAGCCAAGGGAGCGAAGAACAGUGUGCUCACACCCGAUGAGAGGAGCAAACCCCUCAGCCCCACCCGGCAGAGCCACCCAUCCUCAUCGGGUGGGAUGGAGCCCACGGGAGACGGGAAAGUCCCCUUCCAGCUUCCUCCCUUUGAGAAGAAGUGUGGCUCCAUGCCAACCAGCAGAUACAUUUCCAACCAUGCCUUCAACCAGAGCGGUGACUUCAAGCAGCACACCUUCGACUUGGGUGUGAUCGCCUUGGAUGUGUCGGAGCGCGAUGCCCGGGUGCAGCUGACGCCUACCUACGUGCAGCCCGACAAGGUGCACCUGAGGAUGCUCUACCUGUGCCAGGAGAGCAGCCGUGGCCACGCCUUGGUGCAGUGGUCCAAGAUCGAGGAAGGAGUGAACUCAUACUGGUUCCAGGGCUUGAAGCCUGGCACCAACUACUCGGUGUGCCUCACUUACCUAGGGGAGGACUGCCAGGUCCAAGUGGUCUUCACCACCAAAAAGGAGAUCCCCUCUCUCAUCAUCAUAGUGGUCGUGAGCAUCUUCCUGCUGCUCCUGGCCACCCUCCCCCUGAUGGGUGCCACGUGGUGCCACCUCCUCUCCAAAUACCAGGGCAAAACCUACAAGCUAAUCAUGAAAGCCCAGAACCCAGACCAGAUGGAGAAGCACAUGGCUGCCGACUUCGACCCCCGCGCCUCCUACCUGGAAUCCGAGAAGAAUUACAACCCCAGCGAGGUGGGGGAAGGGGAAGCAGAGGAAGAGGACGAGGAUGAGGAAGAUGAUGACGAAGGAGGCAGGCGGAGGAGGAGGAGAGAAGCCGAAGAGACCACGGAGCUGGAGCGGGAGGAGAGCGUAGCAGCCAGCUCCAUGGCGGAGUCGCAGUCCAAAGCCAACGGUGAGGAGUUUGAGGUGCGCUCUGAGUACAGCGACAAGCUGCCGCUGGGUGCCGAGGCUGUCACCAUCUCCCAGGAGAUCAACGGGAACUACCGGCAGCGUCCUCGCUGAACCCCAAAAUCACUCCCCCGGCCCCCGUUCCCCCCAGCCCCCUCAGCCCCUCGGGGAGGCUGCCGCUUCCUCCUCCGGGGAAGGAGCAAGGAGAGACGGAAAAAAUCCACCCCUCCAUGCAUCCUUCUUUCUCCUCUUCUUCCUCCUCCAGGAGGCAGGCCCUCGGGGAAGGGGUUCGGGUCCGGGGGGGCGGAGGGCGAGCGGGACGCUGAUCCCCCAAUUUCGUUUCCGUUCAGAUUCAAAUUGAUCCCCGUUGCUGCUGCGGCGCAACGAUUCCCCGUCCCCCUCCCUCCCGCUUCCACAGCUCACCCCUUAUUUUCGGUCCGCUUG